GUGCCACCCACCGCUGAUUGGUCAUCAGGCCGCCGCUCUGUGCGGCGCCGGCUCCGCCCCCGUCGGGUGUUUGUGGUGGGGCUGCGGAGUCGCCGAUCCCGCCGGAAGCGCCAGGACAAUGGGGACCCGGGACGACGAGUACGACUACCUAUUCAAAGUGGUGCUCAUCGGGGACUCGGGUGUGGGGAAGAGCAACUUGCUGUCUCGUUUCACCCGCAACGAGUUCAACCUGGAGAGCAAGAGCACCAUCGGCGUGGAGUUCGCCACCCGCAGCAUCCAGGUGGACGGCAAGACCAUCAAGGCACAGAUCUGGGACACCGCUGGUCAGGAGCGCUACCGCGCCAUCACCUCUGCGUACUACCGUGGAGCAGUUGGCGCGCUGCUGGUGUAUGACAUCGCCAAACACCUGACUUACGAGAACGUGGAGCGCUGGCUGAAGGAGCUGCGGGACCACGCUGACAGCAACAUUGUCAUCAUGCUGGUGGGCAACAAGAGCGACCUGCGCCACCUGCGGGCUGUGCCCACUGACGAGGCUCGUGCCUUUGCAGAGAAGAACAACCUGUCCUUCAUCGAGACCUCAGCCUUGGACUCCACCAACGUGGAGGAAGCUUUCAAGAACAUCCUCACAGAGAUCUACCGUAUCGUGUCACAGAAGCAGAUUGCAGAUCGCGCAGCACACGACGAGUCUCCCGGCAACAACGUGGUGGACAUCAGCGUGCCGCCCACUACCGACGGACAGAAACCGAAUAAGCUGCAGUGCUGCCAGAACCUGUGACCACCCUGCGCCUCAUUCGAGUGUGCGUGCACGUCCUCGUCCUCUGCCCGCCCCUCACCGCGCUGUCCUCCCUGCCCUGACCCUCUCUGCCCCUCUGUGACCGGCUCCCACUCGCCCAUCGAACUCCAUACAGCCAGCUGGGGCUUAGGAAGAACAGGAGUCAAGCGGUACCUCCUGACCCUGCAUCCCUGGAAAGCUCAAAGCUCCAGCUGCUUCACCUGCUCUUCUUGGGUCCCAGUGGGCCUCUGGGCAGGGCGGGGAGGGUGGCAGGAUGGACAGGGCCAGCCAGAGGCAAGAGGAUGGGCACACUGAACAGGCUUCUUCAUUUUUCACAGCAGGCUCCAGGGAGCAAUUGCCUCCUCCCUCUGACCAGUUGGCCCAGCUGGCCCUGGUCCACACCCAGAAACCCCUUGUGGGCUGAAGCCUGAAGAGCAGGAAACCAGGGAUCUGGUGCAGGCAGAUACAGGCUCCAGGGAACCCCCUCCCCACGCACAGCCAGCACCGGCACACAUCUUUGACCUCCAGCCUCUUUCGUGCGUGCGUGCGUGCGUGCGUGCGUGCGUGCCUCUAGCUCCUGCCUGUAGGUUUAUGCUGGGAGAAGACCCCCUCCCCAUUUCCCCUCCUUUUUGCACGCAGCGCGCUCCCCACCCCUUCCUGUGCCCUCCCCUCUGUCUUGUCUCCCUGUCUGGUCAGGAACCUGUUUGCAAGUGAAGCAAUAUCUCCGUGUUUUGUAUAUACAACCGC